AUGCCUGUCAUUCCUGAAUCCUCCGACUUCCCACCUGCACCCCAAAAGGGAGGCAAUGAGUCCGAGAAGAAACAGACAGGCGAGACGAAUCCUGAUUUCGCGGCCUUCAACUCCAAAGGACCGCAGAUUCCAGAUCCAAAAGACUUGCCUCCCAAGGCUUCACGAGAAGAGAUCGAGGCACGUAUGAAGGAACUCAACAAGCCUUCCAACUGA